AAAUGUAAAAUGUCGUUGAAGCGAAAAUCGUGGAACGUACUCGCCGUUUGUUGUCCUAGUAACGGAUUAUGCGUUCAUUGAACAAAACAUACUGUUUAUGUGAUGGGUAAUUUUUGAAGAAAAAAAAAGAAGAAGAAAUAUUAGAAAAAGAAAGAUAAAACCAUGAAAAUGACCGAAGAGUUGGCGAAAAAUGGCUUAUUUUUCGAUUAUCUAUACAAUUUACGCGUACUCGAUCCGAAUAUAGCAAGCGAAACAUCUGAUUUAAAAGACAAAAGCGGAGAAUAUACAGAAAAAUUGCAAGAGUUUCGGAGAAUAAUCGAUGAAUUCAUUGUUAUCGCCGAAACGAUUGUCAAUGACGUGGAACAGGAGAAAAGCCAUGCAAUUGCUGCACAAAACCUACUGAAAUCGAUGGCCAAACAACGUGAAGCUGAACAACAAGAUAUUCAAAAUGAAACUCUGGAGCGUACCAUGGAAUUGGAACAGCUAAAAGUACAACUGCAAUACUUACAACGCAUCGAAGCGAAUCAACAGGAGCUGAUUGAAAAUUUCUACGAAAAUCAAUAGAGCAACAUUAACUCGGUUGUUGUUUUUUUUUUCUCUCAAAUUUGUGUAUUUUGUUGUUUUGGUUGAAAAUAAAUGACGAUUUUUGUGUUUUAAAUCCA